UCUGCCGCCGCCGCCGCUACUCGCUGCUAAACCCUCGGCCCGGGCGGUGCGCCGCCGCCUCACGCCAUGGCGCGGCCGGCGCGGCCGCCGUCUCCCUCGCUCCGCGCUGCCGUGAAGAGAGAAAUCGACGACAUGGAGGCUACCGUUCACACUCCAGCGCCACCGCCCCGCAAGAGGCGCCGCCGAGGAGGCCUCCCGGUGACCCGGACCCAGCUUCCCCUGAGCCCUAGCCUCCUCACGCCCCAGACCAUCCCGUCGGGUCUAUCAGCGGAUGCGUCCCUCGCCGACCUAACGCCGACUCCCGCGUGCUCCGCCGUCAAGCGCGAGCCCGGCGCUGACACCGAUGUGGGGGCCCGCGGGAGGGCGGCCGGGAAGCCGAAGGAACCACGGGACCACCGCCACGGCCCGAGGCCCGCGGCGGCGGAGCCCCAAAUCCGCUGGCUCAACCGCCGCCGCCUGGGCCGGAUCCUCCACGAGCUCGUGGGAGCGCAACGGUGGCGCGAAGCAGCCGGCGUCGUCUCCACGCAGUUCUGCAGCACCGAGAAGCCCGGCUCCUUCCAGGAGACCCGCAGCCUGUUCGUGGCCGCCAUGGAGAUUCAUAAGCAGCUUAAUGAGGACGGCGGCGUGAAGCAAGGCAGCAGGAACUCCUACUACCUCAGGACGCAGAAACUGUUCGAUGUUUGGAUGCGAAAGUUGAUUUGGUUUCCUUCCUGCCCAAAAAAACACUUGGUUACACUCGAACUGGCAUUAUUUUACCUUUUACAAGGCAACAUCGACAAUGCAUAUAAUACAACAAGAAUCCUAAUCACUAAGGACAGACUGCAGACAGAACCAAUCUUAAAUCUGAUUCAUGGUUUGAUAUCAUUUGAUAAGUGGUACUCUGGCUUGCCUAAAGAUAUGCAAGUUGAGGAGUUUGAUGUUUAUAAUGAAUCAUGCACGAUUUCUAUGAAGUCAGAUGGCUGUGAAGGAACUAGUCUUGCGGAUGAUUCUGAUGACAAUAGCAUUGAUGAUGAUGCCAGUUUGCAUCCUUGCUCUUCAGAAAGUUCGAUCAAUAAUGAGAAUAACAACAUCAAAAUGGAUAAGAAACCUGGCAUCAUUCGUCCUAAGGAGGAAAUUGAUCCACUUGGAUCUGUGAAUGAAGAUUUCCGAAGCAUAUUUUUGAAUACCUGUGAUGGCCCUACCUGUGGAUUGGAAAAGAGCUUGUUGCCUUUACGGCUAGAGAUUCCUACUGGGGCUUCAAACGAUUGUUUCCAUAAAUAUUGGCAGUACAAGUCAACACCCAAUGCCUUUUAUGAAGAUGCAGAAAAAUGUCUAAGGUUGGCCCUUCAUUCGAAUCCGCCAGUUAUGGCAGCCUUAUUGCCACUAAUACAGAUUCUCCUGCUUGGUGAUAAACUGAAAGAUGCACUUGAUGAGCUUGAGAGAACCUGCCUCAGUUCAACUACAGCCCUUCCUUUCAGGUUGAGAGGUAAGCUGCUAGAAGAGUAUUUUGAUCAAAACCAAGUAUCAACCAUUUCCUCUUGCUAUGAGGAAGCUUUGAGAAGAGAUCCUACUUGUAGCUACUCAAUGGAGAGGCUAAUCAAAAUGCAUAGAAAAGGAUACUAUAAUACCAUCCAGCUACUCGAGGCAAUAGCUUUACAUUUAGAUUCCGCCAAUGGGAAACCUUGCAUCUGGGAGGAGCUUGUAUCGUGCUUCCUUCGCCUUUUUUCUGGCAAGACUGCUGACUACGAGGAUUGCAUAUCAUGUACUAAUGCCCAAGGAGAUAAAGCAUUGGAAGCUUUCAGUAAAUUUUCUUCAUUCUUUUUUGAGCGACUUACAAGAGAAUCAUGGAAGGUCCGAUGCAGAUGGUGGAUGCACAAUCAUUUCAGUCAAAACACCUAUGCAGCAGAAACCCUGACAGGUGAUUUGAAGUUGCUGGCUGCCAAGGCGGCUUGUGCUGCUCAUUUAUUUGGGCCAGAGUUUCCGUACGUCAAAGCAGUUGGGAGCUAUGUUGCCAAGCAAGAAGCUCUGGAUGAAAUCAGUAUCAUAGUCAGAAACAAGCAGAACUCUGUCAGGCUAUUACAAACGUUGGAGAAACUAACAUCUUGAUUCGUUUAUGUUCAGUAUUUUACCAUUGCAUGCCAUUGUUGUUGUUACCAUCAUCUUGACGGGAUUUUUGUAGAGUUCCCAGAACAAGAUAAAAAAUUUUAGGAUCAAUAGCUGUCACCAAUGUAUUCCUUAGGUAAUUUUGGUGCCAGUGACGCCAUGUGAGUGUACCAGUGAAAAAGGGCCGAUUGUAUUGUUAGCACAAUGGACCAUCUCGAGCUCGUUGGGUUUGGUUUUGGGAAUGUAAAUGGGAAUGGUGUAUGUUCUUGGAAAUAAUUGAAAGAGGAAGAUAAUUGACACCUUUGCAA